AUGACAUGGCCAAGUAAAGAGACUCGUGCAGUAUCUGGACCCCCAAGAGCCUUGCGGCUUUAUCUCGCGACCUUUCUGAUAGUCAUUCAAAUCCUCUUUCCUCGUCGCCCAGCUGUUUUCACAGCCGAGGGAAAGGCUGUCGAUCUUGAAAACAGCAAGUCGGCCUUUCAGAAAUAUUCGAUGCAAUGGUGUACAACAGCCCUCGAUAUUGCUGGGAACCAUGUCCCUCUCGAUCAACUCCCUGCCCUAAACUUUCGUAGUAGAUCGAAGAGUCAGCCGCUGAUCACCCUUGACUCCUCAAAGACAAGCUUGUGGAAUCAUAUCCUCGCAGAACGUUAUUUUGAAAUCGCGAAGCACUGGGCUCUGAUGCUUGCGCGAUCUAUAUUUACCUUCGGACCAUCUUAUUGUGUUAUGAAACUUCUCAAAAGUUUUGAGAAUGACGCAAGUGCAAAACAAGAUGCCUGGCUCUGGCUAAUUGGCAUAGGGCUAUUCUCUCUUUGUCAGACUAUCCUUAAUUACCACCUGCUUUGGAUACAGUGGUCAGAAAUGGCUAUUCCGGUUAGAGCCCAACUGAUUAUGGCUUUGUUUCAAAAGGCAUUGAGAGUGAAGGAUUCGAAGACCUCCAGCAAAAAGGACUCCCAGUCUAAGCCCGACGCCGUGAACCUCAUCUCGUCUGACACUCUUUCCUUCAGCAAGUUCAUGGCUGUCAACCAUUAUAUACCCUCCUCGUUUAUUCGGUUCUUCUUCGCCGUGUUAUUUCUUAUUAGAUUACUUGGAUGGCAGAGCACACUUGCUGCGAUGAUAGCCACAGUAAUGAGUGUACCGGUACACAUGUCAGUUAUCAAACAUGAACGAGCGGCGCGAAAGAAGCUCGCCAUGACAAGAGACAAAAAGACAAAAGCAAUUACAGAAGCCAUGCAUUCUCUCCGACAGAUCAAAUUCUCUGCCUCGGAGACGCAGUGGGAGGAACGCAUUGACUCGUUUCGGCUCGAGGAGCUUAGGCAUCUUCGCUUGUGUUUCAAUGCUAGCAAUAUACGAUCCGUGUGGAGUGUUGCAUCGCCGUUUAUUAUUGCGGCGACUUCAGUAUGCACAUACGCGUACAUAAAGGGUUCGAUGUCCCCGUCGACUAUCUUUCCAAUGGUUGAAUUAUUACCUCAUCUCCAGGGCACGCUGGGUUUUCUUCCUGUUGUCUUUCAUGAUUACUUCAGUGCCAGGUCGAAUGCGCGCCGGAUGGAGGACUUUCUGCGGAGACCGGAGCAGGAGAGAAUUCUGAAGCCCAGUCCAUCUGGCUGUGUCUCGUUUUGGAAGGCUUCCGUUGCCUGGCCGUCUUAUGAAAUUAGAAGUGAAGCUAAUGAAGUGAAGAAGGAUACCUCGUCUCAUGAAUUUGCUCUUCGCGAUAUAGAUCUUGAAUUCCCUGUUGGUGAACUCAGUGUCAUACAUGGAAAGACAGGUUCUGGGAAGAGCUUGCUCCUCGCUGCAAUUAUCGGCGAGGUUGAUCUCCUUGCUGGUCAUAUCGAAGCACCAUCAAUAGCAGACGGACAGCCAGUGGCAUUUGUCUCUCAGACCCCCUGGCUUCUAAAUGCCACAAUCAAAGAAAACAUACUUUUUGGGAGUCCUCUGGACGAAGAAAGAUAUAAAGAAGUCUUGAAAGCCUGCGCACUCUACCCCGACCUUGCGGCUCUGCCAGACGGGGAUGAGACUCAGGUCGGGUUGCGGGGAGUCAAGCUCAGUGGAGGUCAGCGUGCCAGAGUUGCGUUUGGAAGGGCCCUGUAUUCUUCGGCGCAAACAAUGGUCUUGGACGAUAUAUUCUCGGCUCUGGAUGCCCACGUAUCCAGGGAGAUUUUCAACGCGCUGACGGGAAAGCUCGCUAAAGGCCGCACGCGGAUAUUGGCCACGCAUCGGCUUUCAUUGUGCUUAUCGGAGGCGAGGUAUAUGGUUCAUGUGGAGAAUAACACUAUAGUCUAUGCUGGUAUAUCUGAUCUAAAUGCACCGCAGUUGGAAUUGGCACAACCGGGAGUUGAUAUAGAGCUUGUAACCCCGGUGAAUGAGAAGCCUGACAAGGACUCUGGCGGGAGGAAAAGAGCCAAGGCCCGUACGGCACGAGCAGAUCUGAAAGUAUACAGUAGUUACUUUACUGCGGCGGGUGGUCUUGGGUUUACCUUGAUAUACGUUCUAGGUCUUGUUACGAAGCAGCUCUUGAGUGCCCUGACAACUUGGGCCUUAGGUCGCAUAAACACAUCUCGUCCAAAGGACACUUCAGAUCCACUAAAGGAGACAUCCUGGGGUAGCGCAAGUCAAAGCAAUGACCUCCAGCGUUAUCUUUAUCUAUAUCUUUUAGGGUCACUGGUGACACUCGGUUUGGAGAUUCUAUACAAUCUACAUGUAUCUUCAGGGUCACUGCGUGCAUCAAACGUAUUAUUCCGUGAGAUGACCCUCCGAGUAUUCCGAAUGCCUCUUCUCUGGCUCGACACCACGCCCAUUGGUGAGAUUUUGAGACGGUUCACCGUUGACGUUAGGAAUGUGGAUGAUCAUGUUCUCUCCACCAUGUCCGAUUUCGCCGACACUUUCAUGAAACUAAUAAUUGUCGUAUGUGUCGGUCUAUAUACAUCGAAGUACACCAGUCUUUUGACAAUGGCUCUUCUCUACUGGUGCUGGCAGGUUAGCCAGCGCUAUAUAAAAGCCCGUACAACAGUUAAGGGUGCCGAUUCUGAGCCAACUGCUGAUAUCCUCGAGCACUUCACAUCGUGCGCAGCUGGUGUCUCAACUAUACGGUCCUUUGGAGCGACGGAUAAGCUUGCUGACCGGAUGCACUACCAUGUUGAUCAGCUCUCAACAGCCAGGCGUCACUUCUACAUGUUCAAUCGUUGGCUUGGGCUCCAAAUGUCACUUGUGGGUAUUUUGUUUACUACAGGAACGGGCAUAGUGCUGCUUUCGUCGGGCUCGGUUAUCGACGCCUCGGUGGUUGGAUUCUCUUUGACGUUCUCCAUGGGAUUUUCGCAAGCGAUAUUUAAGGCCAUCAAUACAUUCGGAAUGCUCGAGACAUACAUGAACGCAGCUGGGGGAGUCGUGGCGUACUCAGAACUGAAUACGGAAAAUCAAGGAGGCAACGAGGUUCCAGACGACUGGCCAUCCCAAGGAGCGGUUGAGAUGAAGGAUCUCAAUGUUGCAUACUCGCCUGAUCUCCCCCUCGCUCUGAAAGGUGCCUCCUUUACUGUCCAAGCUGGCAAAAGAGUUGGAAUCGUGGGCCGUACAGGAGCUGGAAAGUCAUCUUUGACUCUUUCUCUACUGCGCUUGAUCGAGCCACAGACCGGGUCAAUUCUAAUUGAUGGAAUUGACAUAUCCACAAUUAGGUUGAACUCUCUACGGUCCAGAAUUGCUUUUAUCCCUCAAGACCCGGUUCUAUUUUCCGGCACGGUACGAUCAAACCUGGAUUACUUCCAACAGAUACCGGACAAGGACCUCGAAGACGCUCUACGGCGUGUAAAGCUACUUGCAGAGAAAUCUAGUGGUAGCGAUGGAUUAUUCACACUCGACUCUCCCAUCAGCACAGGUGGAUCGAACAUGUCUCAAGGCCAAAGGCAAUUGCUUUGUCUGGCACGGAUUCUGGUCAGAAAUCCCAAGAUUAUCAUCCUCGAUGAAGCGACAUCUGCUGUUGAUAACAGGACGGAUCUGUGGAUCCAGGAUACGAUUAGAACCCAAUUUAAGGGGACCUUGAUUGUUGUGGCUCAUCGCUUGAGGACGAUUGCGUCUUUCGAUAAGGUGGUUGUAAUGAAGGAUGGCCACGUCGCGGAGGUUGGCGUGCCAGCUGAGCUUUUGGAAACCAAGGGGCUGUUCUAUGACCUGGUUCAGAAGAGCGAUGAUAGGGAGUUGUUGGCUAGUAUUAUAAUAGCGGGAGAGAGGAAGUUGGUCUGA